GCUGAAGGGUCGGCACAAUGACACGGGAACCAACCUGUUCUCUCAUCCUGACCCCGCCUACAACGUCACAGGUAUGGCCGACCGCUGCACGGAUGAAGGAUUUGGCGCCAUGGCACUGGAUGAUAAAGGAGUCAUGUAUUAUUUCAGAGGUGACCAUGUGUGGAUGGGAUUUCAGGGUCCCACACAAUGGAUAAACGAGACCUGGCAGGGCCUGACCGGACCUAUAGACGCCGCGUUUCGCAACCACAACCAGGAACGUCCACUGGAGCACCAAAGGAUCUACCUGUUCAAGGGCUCGCAGGUUUGGAGUUACUUCGAAGGGCGUCCGGUAGCCGGCUUUCCGCGACUCAUCAGCCAGCAGUUCCCGGGGGUUCCGGACAAUCUGGACGCGGCGGUGGAAUGUCACAAGGGGGAGUGCAGGACGGACGGCGUCAUAUUCUUCAAAGGUGAGAAGGAAGAUGUGAGCGGGACCCUGAAGCAGAAGACCUGGACCGGCCUGGGACCUUGUACAUCGGCUGUCAGAUGGAUGGAGAAAUACUACUGCUUCAAUGGCAUCAACUUCACCAGAUUUGACCCAGUGACCGGAGAGCGGCUAUCCCCCCGACCGCUGGACACCCGAGACUACUUUGUGCGGUGCCCCGGCAGAGGACACGCCCACGCCGCCCGCCAGAACGCCACCCUCAUGUCCAUCAAAGAUCGCUGCAGCAAACGUUCCUUCGAGGCUUUCAGCUCAGAUGACAAAUCCCGAACCUACGCAUUCCGAGGUGGCUGGUACUUCCGUGUGGAUAGCAGUAAAGAUGGGUGGCACGCGUGGCCUCUCAGUCACACAUGGAGGACGCUGGAAGGAGUGGUGGAUGCGACUUUCUCAUACAAGAACCACAUGUACUUUAUUCAGGGGCCACAAGUGAGCAUUUACUCAACUGAUCAGAUCUACAUCCCGAUCGCCGGCUAUCCAAAGCCCAUCCAGGAGGAGUGGCAGGUCCCCGGGGUCACAGCAGUGGACGCCGCCUUCACCUGCCCCCAUUCCAGUGACCUGUACAUCAUUAGAGGUAAUAGAAUGUUCUUGGUGGACCUGAUCACUCGGCAGCAGUCUGGAGAGGCCAGAACCAUCAUUCACUCGGAGGUGGACAGCGCGAUGUGUAAUGCUCAUGGCCUCUACCUCUUCCAUGGAAUUUCCUAUUACCAUUACAAGGAUGCCAUGGAGCUGCUGGCUGCCACUGAGGCCCCUGCUGCUGGGAACAUCGCCUCCACCUUCAUGGACUGCUAGAGAAGAAUGAGGAGUGCACACCACCCGACACAUGGUAGAGGAGAGCGAAGAGCCCACAUAACCCAACACAUGCUAGAGGAGAGCGAGGAGCCCACAUAACCCAACACAUGCUAGAGGAGAGCGAGGAGCCCACAUCACCCAUCACAUGCUAGAGGAGAGCGAGGAGCCCAAAUGACCCAUCACAUGCUAGAGAAGAGCGAGGAGCCCACAUCACCCAUCACAUGCUAGAGGAGAGCGAGGAGCCCAAAUGACCCAUCACAUGCUAGAGGAGAGCGAGGAGCCCACAUCACCCAUCACAUGCUAGAGGAGAGCGAGGAGCCCACAUAACCCAACACAUGCUAGAGGAGAGCGAGGAGCCCACAUCACCCAUCACAUGCUAGAGGAGAGCGAGGAGCCCAAAUGACCCAUCACAUGCUAGAGAAGAGCGAGGAGCCCACAUCACCCAUCACAUGCUAGAGGAGAGCGAGGAGCCCACAUCACCCAUCACAUGCUAGAGGAGAGCGAGGAGCCCACAUCACCCAUCACAUGCUAGAGGAGAGCGAGGAGCCCACAUCACCCAUCACAUGCUAGAGGAGAGCGAGGAGCCCACAUCACCCAUCACAUGCUAGAGGAGAGCGAGGAGCCCACAU